AAAGUCAGUCCCGUUCUCUGCGAAGAAUCGCUUGACUAUGCCCUCUUUGAAGUGGAUAUAAUCUCCCCUUCCGCCGCCUUAUUCAACAACGCCAUUUCACUUACUGAUCUCGACAAGGUCGAGUCUGGUCCCCGGAAGACAGAUGUGAAGGCAAUGACUUCAAAUGGUGAUACCGUUCGUGGAGUCAUGUCAGAGGAUACUCUCACCGUACGGCUUCCUCAGUUUACAGAGUUCGUCGAGGUAUAUACCGCGAGAUUCUUUGGAUCCCUCGGCCCCGGAGACUGCGGAAGCUGGGUUAGAGACGAAGUGACUGGUCGUCUUUUUGGGCAUGUCUUUGCGGGCAAUCUCCCCAAUGGCUUGACUGCCAUCAUGCCCGCCAAGCUUGUUUUUGAACACGCUCGGACUCAGUUGGAUCAACAA